CUAACUAAUUAUUAUAAUAAUCUUCAUCUUCUUCUUCAAUUUUGGGACACAACGCAGAAGCAGAAGAACUCAACGCAAUCUUCUUCGUUAUGUGUAGUCUCAUUUCAAAGUCACACUGUCACUUAGGGUUGGGGCAACUCUCUUUGCAACCUCUUCAAACACGGAAGUUGGAGUAUGGAAUUGUGAAUGUGAAGAUGAGUGGGAGAUUGAAGGUGAUGUGUAAGGGUAUGUUGACACCAAGAAAGUUCAUGCAGAGGAAGAGGAAAAUGGUGGUUUUCAAAGAUGCUGCCGAUGAAGCUGAACAGAAAAAUUGGUGGAGACUUAUGAAGUUAAUAGAUGAGACUGGUUCUGCUGUUUCAGUGCUCAAUUCGGAGAAGAUGAAAAAUCAAACUAUUCCUAAAGCCCUUGUUGUUGGUACUUUGAUGAGAUUUAAACAACUCAAAAAGUGGAACCUUGUUGCUGAGAUUCUUGAAUGGCUUAGGGCUCAAAACUGGUGGGAUUUUGGCAAGAUGGAUUUCUUUAUGCUUAUUACGGCUUAUGGAAAGCUUGGAGAUUUCAAUGGUGCUGAGAAGGUGUUGGGCUUGAUGAAUAAGAAUGGUUAUGCACCAAAUGUAGUGUCUCAAACUGCACUUAUGGAAGCAUAUGGAAAAGGAGGCAGAUACAACAAUGCUGAAGCGAUUUUUCGUAGGAUGCAGACAUUCGGCCCUGAACCUUCGGCUUUCACUUAUCAGAUAAUACUUAAAACAUUUGUUCAGGGGAACAAGUUUAAGGAAGCUGAAGAAGUAUUUGACAAGCUACUGAAUGAUGAAAAGUCGCCUUUGAGACCAGAUCAGAAGAUGUUCAAUAUGAUGAUUUAUAUGUAUAAGAAGUCUGGAAGUCAUGAAAAAGCUCGCCAGACAUUUGCACUUAUGGCGGAACGGGGAAUUAAAAAAGCUACAGUAACAUAUAAUAGCUUGAUGUCAUUCGAAACAAAUUACAAGGAAGUUUCAAACAUAUAUGAUCAGAUGCAAAGAGCUGAUCUCAGACCUGACGUGGUUAGCUAUGCCUUACUCAUCAAUGCUUAUGGGAAAGCCAGGAGGGAGGAAGAAGCAUUGGCUGUAUUUGAGGAAAUGCUUGAUGCUGGUGUCAGACCAACUCGGAAGGCUUACAAUAUUUUGCUUGAUGCAUUUUCUAUAUCGGGAAUGGUAGAACAAGCUCGGAUUGUGUUUAAGAGCAUGAGAAGGGAUAAGUACAUGCCAGAUCUUUGCUCAUAUACUACCAUGUUAUCAGCAUAUGUCAAUGCUCCUGACAUGGAGGGUGCAGAGAAGUUUUUCAAAAGAUUGAUACAAGAUGGUUUUGAACCUAAUGUUGUCACUUAUGGAACCUUAAUAAAAGGGUAUGCUAAGGCAAAUGAUAUUGAGAAGGUAAUGGAAAAGUAUGAGGAAAUGCUUGGGCGGGGUAUCAAGGCCAAUCAAACAAUUUUGACCACUAUCAUGGAUGCACAUGGGAAAAAUGGAGAUUUUGACAGUGCUGUUAACUGGUUUAAAGAAAUGGCAUUGAAUGGACUUCUUCCUGAUCAGAAAGCUAAAAAUAUUCUUCUAUCUUUAGCAAAAACAGAGGAAGAUAUAAAAGAGGCUAAUGAGCUGGUACUACAUUCCAUUGAAAUUAACAAUUUACCUAAAGUUAACGACCAUGAAGAGGAUGAUGAUGAUGAUGAUGAAGAUAAUUAUGAAUAUUUUGACACCCAGGAUGCAAUGGCUUAUGACGAAUAAUGAGGAAAGAUGAGUUGAUCAAUUUCCUUUAAAUAGCAUAAAUUCUGUACACUUGCAAAUUUAGGGUAUUUGUAUUUCGGGGUUGAAAGUUUUUGUUUAUUUUUAAGUUGCCAUUAUAAUAUAAAAAAAGCUAUAGGAUUUUAGCCUUCAAGAGUUAUGUUGGGAAAGUGGAAAAGUAUUUUGUCUCAUCAUCCAUUUAUGCUAAAUGUGUUCAUCAUCAAUUCACAA